GUUGAGACCUUUUUCUUUAGAUUAAUAGGAUAAAUAUUAAGACUCAUUUCUGUCGUUUUGAUUACAGCGCAAGUGGUUGUAAUAAAAAUGUUAUACGCGGUAAUUAAAAUGAUCGCCGUGCACUUUUUCCUUCAUACGAACUACGUAGAAUGCCAUUUAAAAGACAUGGGUGAAGUUACAAGAACUAAUUGGACUCAUAUCUUGAAAGCUGUGGAAAGUCGUAUUGUUGGAGGAGCACCGGCUAGUCUUGAGCUGUACCCGUUUAUGGUUCAGUUCUACAAUCGUGGCGGUCUCUGUGGUGGUACCAUCUUGACAAGCAAAACAGUUAUGACGGCGGCACAUUGUUUUAACCACAACAAGAAUUUGGAGGAAAUGAAAAUAUUCUCAAGCCCCCGGUUCACCUUUGAUUUUAACGCACGCAUUCAUGAAGUAUGGAACUUCGCUAUACACGAGCACUACAAUUUGAAAUACUUUUUCGCUAACGAUAUUGCUAUUAUCAUAAUACACGACACGUUCGUCUUUGGCCCGCAAGUUCAAAAGGCGACACUUGUUGAUAGUGAUGAAUGGAUGAAUGAAAAGGAAGUAUUUUUUGCAGCCGGCUGGGGAGAAACUAAAUAUGGCGAAGGAGUUAAAAAAAGAGGUUUACGGCAAAUUCAUCUACACUACGUAAGUAAAGAGCAGUGUCAAGCAGAACAUCAAUUGGAGCUAGGCCCUGAGAUGUUCUGCUUGUACGGAGAUAGUGAACGGGACACCUGCCGUGGAGACUCUGGAGGCGGAAUACUGUGGAAAGGCGCUAUAGUCGGAAUAAUUUCCCACGGUCGAAACUGCACUGAACUGCCAGGAAUGUACGUAAAAGUGAAUUAUUUCCAUUCUUGGAUACAAAAGACCGUGAAAGAUCUAUACAGAACAUUUUGUGAUUUUCAUAAAAAUAAAAGCUAA